AUGAAGAAGAAAAAGAGAAAAGAAAGAAGAACUAUUGUCGCCGUUAGCUCCCAAAUCUUCAAUCUUGACUUCCUCGAAUCCCUCGUGUGUUCCGUGCUUUCUCUAAGCCUCCAAUGGUGUCAAAAGUCCCAAAAACGAGUUUCUCAGGGAAGAAAUCGCGCAAGAAUCCUAUUCCCCGCUGAUCAAGAAGUCGGGAUCUCGGGCGUUCGAAUCGAUGCCCAGGAAGAGCUCGCGAGGCCCAUUUACUACCGCAAGAUGUUGGGCCCCUUUUUCGCAUCCGUGAAAAGGAUCGCAGUCGAAGGCGCCGAGAAAUUGGUGUUUCUGGAUUGA